UCCCACUCCACUCUUUCUCCCUCGCCGUCCUCCCCGACCCCAACCCGCCAUAGCUUCCGGCCUCCGAAGAUGGAGACCUCCUUCCUCCGCACCACCCUCCCCACCGCGAAGCCGCUACCGGCGUUCCAGGCCGUAGCGCCUGCGGUGUCACUCCGACCCCGCCGCCUCCCGCUCCGCCGCUCCACCAUCCGCGCGGCCAUCACCCGCGGCCGCAAGGAGGACACGGUGGCCGCCGUCCGCGAGCAGCUGGAGGGGUGCUACCUGCUGGCGGGGAUCCGCUACGAGGGCCUCACGGUGAAGCAGCUGCAGGGCAUCCGCGACUCGCUCCCGGAGACGUGCCGGCUGCUGGUGGCGAAGAACACGCUGGUGGGGAAGGCCAUCGAGGGCACCCCCUGGGAGGCGCUCAAGCCGUGCAUGAAGGGGAUGAAUGCCUGGCUCUUCGUACACACCGAGGAGGUCCCCGCCGCGCUCAAGCCCUACCGCGCCUUCCAGAAGGAGGAGCGGCUGGAGGAGACCAACGACUUCGUCGGCGCGGUGUUCGAGGGCAAGUUCUACGCGCCCGGGGACUUCAAGGCGCUUGAGACGAUGCCCAGCCGUGCUGAGGUCUACGCGAAGCUGCUCGGCGCGCUGCAGGGACCCGCGAUCUCCGUCGUUACCACGCUUCAGGCGCCGGCGAGGGACGUCGUAUCCGUGCUCUCGGCGUACGUGCGCAAGCUCGAGCAGGAGGACGGCGCCGCCUAAUGACGGCUGGGAGAUGGUUGUGGCUUCGUUUCUCUCGUCGCACACAUUUCUUGUAGAAUUCCUGUAUUUUUACUGCCUCCCAUUUGGAUUGAAUCACAAAAGUUUUACCUUUUACAAUGUAUGCGGUAUGUCUGCUGGUCUCUGUUACUACAUAUGAUUACUGAGUUCUGAUGUUAUUAGGAUUGGGUUGGAUACGUAGGGAAUGCUUGCUCCAGACUAGCGUCUUGAUGAUUUAAUUUGAUUUGUACAUCAAGUUUAAUAGAGUUAGGGGUAAUGGCAAUGCACAACUGGAAUGGUUAC